GUGGAUGGCAACGAAGCCAGCAGCGGAGACAACGAUUGCCUCGUCAAUGCCCCCCUCGUGCCUACCCAACCGUUGUUGGUCGCAUUGACUGCGCUGGACGCCGUCGUUUGUUUUUUUCUUCCUGCUAUAACAAGCUCGCUUGCGGUAGCCGUCGUGAGUCCCUGACAUUCAAUCUCGUUGCCGAGUCGCGUACUGUGUACGCACUUCGUCCGCACGACAUCCCGCUCUGUAUCACUAGACACACACCCACGCCCCCACCUUAUUAUCUUAUAAUCCGAGCCGUCCUCACAUCAUGAACAUCACGAAUGCCUUCCUCAGCCCUUCCCUUCCGCCGACCACUAACCACCUCGACCCCCGAGAGCGCGCCCGUCUCAUGCGCUCCGCACGCAAACUGGGCAACGUCCUCGGCAGCACGCCUCAGCUGCUCGAGUCAGAACCGGCGGCGGCCACACCGAUCGCUCGCUUGCCUAUAGGACCCUCGCCCGGCAGGUCAGGGUCGAUCAAGUCCGUCUCUUCUUUCAGACAAGGCUCUAUCUGCUCGCGGGCAUCUACGCCCUCUCUGUAUAGUUCCUCCUCGACAAAUUCCUCCGUCGUGUCUCUCGCGCUGCCGCCGCCACACGCCAGCUGCGAAUCACUCCCCGAGCCUCGGCUCUACUCGACGAAACAUAAAAAGGCACGCAAGUCGAAGGAACUCCCAAGACCGCUUGUCCUCCGCCUCAACGCCGUGCCCUUGCCCCCAUCGGACAGACGCCUUCCCGGCCUCCCGCCCACCCCUUCUACCGCCGUCCCCACCACGCCCAUAUCCCCAACCACACCCGUUGCCCCCAGCCCCGAAGAGACACGCCGUAAGCGCAUGGCAAAGCUGAAGCGCACCCUUGGCGAAAACAUUCCCCUCGACCUCGUCUUUCCUCGACACACACGUACUUCAUCCUCUUCGCCACCGCGCUCACCAAACAGGGCAGGCCGGCACCGGAACAUGUCUGUCGACCUUGGCCGGGAGGCGCCGCAGCCGUCGCGAUCGUCCCGUGUGUGGGUGACGGGAACGGACAAAUGGGUGGGCGAAUGGAAUCGGAAGGACAUCUUCGAGGUGCAGCAGCAGCUGAGAACACUAAAGGGCCGAUAACGUUGUCAAGUCCUCGGAACUCCCAGAUAUCUAUGUCAUGUUGUACGAUAGUUGCUAGUAUACGCUGGAUCGUUUGCAGAGGCCGCAUAAUAGGCUCAAAAGACCGACCUUACGACAUUGCAUAAUGUAUUUUGCAGCAAAUUGUAUUAAAUGCACAUGAGAUGUACAACCCACGGAGGUUCUCAAUGCGGCAGCAGAUCGGCAUGCCAGCACAGCAAUCAUUCCUUUUGCA